CGCCGCACACCCGCAUUGACAUCUGUCAAUUCAAGCAUGGCGUCGCUUGACACUUUCAACACCCUGUCAACAAAAAUCUCCCAGUUGGUUUUAGCUCGCACCAAAAACGACCGCGACGUCAUCAUUUCAACCCUAAACGAGCUAAACGCCCUCAGUUACAAGUACACCGUGGUGACGAACCGCACAAAAGCCGUACUUUUGGUGAAUCAGUGUUGCGCUUUAAUCACCCCUGAAGACCUAGAGCUCGUUCUGAAAUGCUGCCACUUGAUUACGAAUCUGGUGACCCGACAGAAGGUGGUGGUGGACGGUCGCACGCUCACGAUGGCGGUUUUGUGGUGUCUGCAGGCGCUGCGGGGGCAGAGCACCGAUGUCGAGGUUUUAGCGGCUUUGGAUGCGUUGUUGCGGGGCUUCACGGGACAUGGGUUGAUUGGUGAGGUGAUCAAAAACACCCAUUUGAUGAGUUUCGCCAGAAACGAGAAGAGUCCAGAGGUGGCUUUUUGUGCUCUACAAUGUCUGGAGGCUUGUACGAUUCCGGUGGAGGAUGCCAAACCCGUCAAAACUUCGUCGCUUGAGUUUCAGACAUGCUUUGACGUGUUUUUGGGGCACCUGAUGAAUAAUAUAGUCACAAACAGAGUUACCAAUAUUAAACUAUAUAUAGUGUGUAUUCGUGGCUUGCAGAAUAUUAUUAGGCAGCAACCUGACUUGCUCUCAAGCAAAUUGGGGCUCAUUCUGGGGGUGAUUAAGUCAUAUAUGCUCCUCGGAAUUGCGGGUGUUGAAUUUAUGAAACCCCAGAAGCUAAUGCCGUCGCCGCUGAGUAUCCCCGAAGUCAGUACAGUCCCUAGAGAGAAAGGGGGCAAGAUGACUAAACACAGAAAACCUAAAACUCAAGCCGCCGUAAUGAAAGUCAAGAAGUCGGAAAAGUGGGGCGACGACGGCGGGGGGUACACUCCCGCCACGAGUGUGAACACCACUACGGAGGACGGUUACAGUAGUUUUGGUAACGGGGUGCGAACCAGCGAAUCGGAUUUCUCUGACACUGAAGGGGGCACCGCGGCUAAACUAGCUGUGAUGAGUGGGCGCCUGCGGCAAGCCGCUUUAGCGCUGUUUUUGCAUACCGUCAAGUUAACCGAAAAGACCACGAUUUUUUCGUUUUGGUCCAGCUUCGUCCCGGAGAACCCCCUCACCAGCAAGCACCACCUGCUCACGUGCACGCUUAAAGAAACGUCCAACAGAGGUCGCAUGGCGGCUUUAAACGCCCUCUUGAUUUUAUUAUCGUCGUGCAAACUCUAUCUGGCACAAGCAGAGAAAGGAGACAAUUUAGCUUUUACGCCAUUUUCGGUAAUAGUCGGAUUGACAAUCAAAGAACUCCACAAGUGUCUGAGUUUAUCGCUGAGCGCCCUCUCGGUUCCCGUUCUCACACUAGUCCUCAAGUGUUUCGCGGCUUUAGUGCAGGCCACCCCCUACCACCGUUUGGGGCCCGGUCUCAUAACCAGGGUCAUAAGAAACGUCAAACCUUUCAUCUACCAUAAAGAUUCCACGGUCCAAGUGACUGCACUCAUCGUCCUGGGGUGCGUCCUAGCCUCCGAGCCCCUCAUUCCAGAAACCAAAGACGCCUUCACUAAGAAAACUAACGAAACGAAAGAACAAAAAGGCGCCAACUCGAACUCGGACGACAGUUUCGACUUCGCCGAGUUUUCGUCGGACGAAGAGCAACAACCCCAAGACCCAAACGUCCCCUGGUUGUUAGAACGUUGCUUUUAUAACUUGGACUGUGACAAUACAGUCCCCACACCCGUCAAACUCGAGUCGCUUCAAAUCAUUUCGGUGAUCAGUCGCAACUACUUUGAUUCUUUAUUAGCGCCAUCUAUGACUCAAGUCACUAAAGCUUUGGACGUAUCGUUGACAAGCAAAUACGUUGACGUGCAACUGCACGCCGGACGCGCCGUCGAUUUUAUCGGGCAGGCCAUGAGCCGCUGCUUUCUCCAGGAGAGCAAGCAAACUUUUUCUUCAAGUUUGUGCUUGUCGUUCUGGCAGACUCUACUCACAAGUUCGUUGACCAAGCUUUUACAGAAUGAGCAACACUCGAUUUUGAGGGCCAUCGGGUGCGAUUGUCUCGGUAGCGUCGGACCCGAAGCCUUCGAGCAGUUGUCACGUGACAGGCAGAUUCUUUGCGUGACGUUGCUGUUCGCUUGUAGUCGCGACGACGAGAAUAGUGUGAGAGGGGCGGCUGUGAGGGCGUUGGCGAUCUGCGUGCUCUACCCGAGUUUGAGGGAGGACGCGGGGUUCGUGGUGGACACGGCCGAAACGAUAUACAGGGUGUUGCAGGAUGAGAAUUUCACGGUGAGGGUGAAGUGUUCGUGGGCUUUGGGGAAUUUGAGCGACGCGCUAGUCUUGAAUAGGUGUUGUGGUUUGAUGGAGGAGUUUCCGGAUGGUUUGAUUUUGAAGUUGUUACAAGCGACGAUUAGGGCGUCUAAUGAUAACGAUAAAAUUAAAAUGAAUGCGGUGAGGGCGCUGGGGAAUUUGUUGCAGCUGAUUGGGGAUGAUUUGGUGGAAGACGGGGGGUUUAGAGAGGCGGCGGAGGACGGGAUUGGGGUUUUGGUCAAAAAUUGCACGUCGGGGUCAAAUAUGAAGGUGCGGUGGAAUUCGUGUUAUGCGAUUGGUAACACUAUGAAGAAUGCGUCGAUUUUCAAAAUGGCCGGGAAUUGGCAAGAAAAAGUGUUCACGGCUUUGACGGACUUGGUGGUCAAUUUUCGCAACUUCAAAGUACGAAUCAACGCGGCUGUGGCCUUAUCCACACCCACGAAACGACAGUUCUACAGACAGUACUACCAACCGAUUUGGGUGUCACUAAUCAAAGCCCUAGAAACGUCACAAAACAUGGAGGACUUCAACGAGUACAAACACCGCGACAAUUUAGUCGAACAAAUUUGUUUGACCUUGGGGCACCUCAUCACACUACUCACAAAAGACGACUUAACCUUAAUCAAAGACAGCGUGAACUCGGACCACUUACAGUCACAAAUGAAGCGAGUCUGGGAUAGAUUGUUACCCGAGAAGUCUACAGUGCUUUUCGACGCGCGUACGUACAUUGCCGACUUUAGUUCAAACUUAAACACUGAAGAGAAAACCGUCCUAGAAUCUCUUUUAUACAUUUUAAAACCUGGGUUUUAAAACGAUGUACUCUAUUAUUAUU